AUGGUCACAGAGCUCUGGCAAGUCAAGGCUGAAAAAUGCCGGAAAAUCCUCAAGGACUCAUUGAAUCCCGCCUGGCUCCUUCCUGAGGAUGAGUUGCCUCCUGCGGACCAGCUUGACGUCUCUGACUUCGUGGAAACAUGCAAAUUGUUGACUCCAAAAGAAUUGGGUAUCACCAAGCUCAAUGCAACUGACCUAGUCACCCGUAUGGCCUCCGGCACCCUGACUGCUAUGGAGACGGCCACCGCCUUUUUGAAACGCGCACAUCUCGGCCAUCAGCUAGUCAACUUCGCCACUGAAUUCCUGGUCGACGAGGCGCUAGCACGCGCAUCUGAUCUGGAUGCUCAGUUCAAAGCAACGGGAAAACUAGUGGGGCCACUCCAUGGUGUUCCGAUCUCCGUGAAGGAACACAUUGGUCUCAAAGGUCGCAUCUGUCACUCCGCCUACAUUGCCUGGACCGACAAUAUUCCCAAGGAGGACGCACUGCUGAUCAGGUGCCUCAAAGCUGCUGGAGCUGUCAUCCACGUCAGGACGAAUGAGCCGCAGAGCUUGAUGCAUGCGGAUACGAACAAUAUGAUCUACGGGUCCACAUGCAACCCCUACAACCGCAAGUUGACGUCUGGGGGCUCUAGUGGAGGAGAAGGUGCCUCUAUUGGGUUCCGCUGCGCCGCCAUUGGAAUCGGCACCGACAUUGGGGGUUCUGUUCGCAUCCCCGCGGCCUUCUGUGGAGCCUUUGGACUUCGCACAACGGCUCUCAGGAACCCUUACAAAGGGGUGCUGUUGGCGGGAGAAGGACAAGAAAGUAUUCGCUGCGUCAUUUCACCCUUGGCUAAUAGUGCCGCCGACCUGAAUCUGGUCCAGAAAGCCAUUCUUGACCAAGAGCCGUGGGAUGAAGAAACCUCUUUGUGUCCUCUUCCGUGGAAAAAAAUCGAACCCUACACGCCUGGACAGAUCACUGUCGGACUAAUGUGGGAUGAUGGGAUGGUGCACCCACACCCUCCCAUCAGCCGUGGCCUGAAGUACGCAAAAUCCAAACUCGAAGCCGCUGGGGUCAAAGUUGUCGAAUUUGAGGCCUUUGAGCAUGCGCGCGGGUGGGAUAUCCUCACGCAACUCUACUUUCCCGAUGCUGCAAAGACUCAGAAAGACCUUCUUGCCGAGGCAGCCGAACCUAUACUCCCACUGACUGAGUGGGCUUUUAGUGUGGCUAAGCCAGAGCCCAUCAGCGUGACUGAAAACUGGGACCUCAACGCCCGUCGAGAGGCAUAUCGUGAAGAUUAUCAUCGCAUCAUGAAAGAACGUGGGAUAGACUUCAUUCUUUGCCCAGCUGCCACAGGUGUUGCCGCUGAGUUGAACGUCGGCAAAUAUUGGCCAUAUACUGCAAUCUGGAACAUUCUGGAUCAGCCUGCAGUUGCAUUCCCCACGGGACUGAAAGCAGAUCCCAGCAUUGACCUGGUCGAGACCGAAUACAAGCCUCGGCCAGGACAUGAUGAACGCGAAUUCAAGAGAUAUACACCUGGGCUAUAUGUGAACGCCCCGAUCGCCCUGCAGGUCGUUGGCAAACACUUCCGAGAUGAAGAAGUGGUUGCUGCAGCAGAGCUCAUUUCGGAGAUAGUUCAGGGCUAG